AUGGUCGCCGUCAACUCCAUCGUGGCACUCACGGCCGUCGGACUUGUCUCCAUUGCCAGUGCAAGCUCUUCGUGCGACACCAGUGCACUCAACACGACUGUGGGCUCUUACACGACCGACUCCAUCAUGUCCGUGAACGCCGUCGCCACGCUCAACAACCGCGGCAUCUGCGACGUCGCUCGUGCCAACCGCAUGUCCGACCCCACCAUCCCGUUCGCUGCCGAUACCGAGGUCAUCAUCCCGGCCGAAGUGUGCGAGCCCGACGACACCUCCUGCUUCACCGUCGUGGACACUGACACCACCAACUUCUGCCUCCUGGGUGGGCCGCACCUCUACUACACGCAGCGCAACGACACGUACCGCACCAUCGCGCUCGAGCGCUUCAACAUCACACUGGAGAGUGUGCUGACAGCGCUCGGCGUGGACGAGUCUCAAGCCGACGUGGAGCUCGACGCGGGCCUCUUCAUCAAGAUUCCGUCCUGCUACCCAAGCCAGUGCACUCUGCAGCCGUACAAGUUUACUUACGGCACGUACAAGGACCUUGCGGAGGAAUUCGGCGCAUCCGUGGGUCAGAUCAUCGCCUACAACCCGACGUACAGUCACAGCGUCGCGGACACUGGCGAUGGCCCGGUGCUCACGAUUCCCAUGGACUGCAAGGCGCUAUCGGACAACAUCACCUCCAUGACUUAGUUCGGGGACCGCAACUUUGGCCGCCACCUAAUGCUUGCUUUAGUGAGAUAUAGCGGGUCGAAUGUUCUUGUGUAAGUGGGAGAAGUCAGCGCGGAUGAGUAUCGAUGCAGUGAAGUGUAGGUUACAUUGUCAUUUGCAAUGAAGAGACUGAAACU